AUGGUGUCCAUUCCGCUGCUGUACAGUGGUGUGCUCGGCUUUACCGGUGUUAUCGCCGGUGCCGUUGGCUCGCACGCGCUGAAGGCAAAAACCGCGGAAGAGCGCAACGCCUUCGUCGUUGGCUCUCAGUACCAGCUCAUGCACAGCACAGCAGCCCUCGGCGCCAUCGGAUUAAGCCAGGCAGUGCGGAGCUUGAACCCAGUCGCGGCGAAGCGGCUGCGAAUCGCCGCAUGGAUGUUCCUGCUCGGGACGACGCUCUUCUCGGGCACCGUGUACGCGCGCGUGUUUGGUGCCCCCAAGUCUAUGGGCCAGUUGGCCCCGAUGGGUGGCUACAUCUUGAUGGGUGGCUGGGCCUGCCUUAUUGCUGCCGCCGUCGCACUGUGA